AGAUAUUGAAUAUUAGUGUGCCGUCCAACGGAAGAGGCCUCCUCCGUCCACUGAAGCACUCGAUGCUCACAAAAGAUGUUCAGACUCACGGCUCUGAACUUCAUCGACGAAAUCGUGCUCAAAUCUGCCAAGCUCUCGUCGUUUGUCCGUGAGCAGCGUGACUUUUGUUUUGCAGCCGGCGGCAUCGUCCUUCGUCUUCGUCUGAGCGAACCGAUUGACGCCUGAAAGAGGAGAUGUAUGCCGCUGCGCCGUCCUGAUACGAGAAUCGUCCUGAAUAUGGACAUGGCUGCCUUCGAUCUCAAGGGCUCGAGGGCGAUGCUAGCCUCGAGUUGUUUUAUGAUUCUGAUUCUCUGCCAGACUUGGAAGGUUGCUGGUUCGUCGGGAUAUGGUCUGGACAGCGCACUCAAUCAGGCUCAAAGCGAUCCCCUGGCCGACGAUGAUAUUUUUCUCUCCCUGUCUCCUGCCCUAAAAAACUUUCUCGUCAAGAAUCCCAACUUCGACACGAACAAAAAGGUGCAGGCCCUUGCAGGCUUUGAAUCGACCACCGUUAUCAAUGUCAAGCUGGUGGGUUUCCCGGGCGACGAUGAUCGCAGUAAGCAGCAAUUGGAAACACAGCUUUCCCGCUACAUAGAUGCACUGAAUCAAGAGCUGCGCGUCAGUGUCAUCGGGUCCGAGCCCCACGAAUUGAUGGUCAAAACAAAGAUCACUGUGGAGGUGACGAGGGUCGGCCGGCAGCUGACGGACAAAGUUUACAGCGCUGUGAAGGCUCACCUUGAUUUGACACCUCCAGCAGCGACAGGUACUCGGCUUUACUACAAUGCCCUUCAAGCUGUACCUCACACCGUCGUAGAUGAUAUCAUUCAAGCCGACCUGGAGAAACCUCUGUCCUCCUAUGUGGUCUACAUUCUCAACACUCGAGCUCAGGACGUUGCCUACGGAUACGAGUAUGGGACUGGAAGCCAAUCGAAUCACUAUCCGAAGUGCCUCGGGACAUUCUGGACGGGAAAAGACCGGUACAUGUGGAUAGACAUCGCAGCUGGUCCUGUGGAGUAUGGUCCUUCAACAUCUGGCGAGGGUUAUGUCAAGGAUGAAAUGUUUCCUUCAUCUCAGAAUUACGGGGUGAACCAGUUCCACACUGUUCUAAUGGCAGAUCUCGCUGCAAUGAUUUGGAGUGCUGCUCGUCUUCUCUUUGUACCAGCUGUGCGCAUACCCGUUUCUUUUGAACAAGAUACCGAGGUCCAUCUUAUCCACAUACAAGGCGCAAAUACUACAGAAGACAGUAAAGGCAUUGACCUGAAACUCAUCGAAGAGGCCUUUAUGCAGGAGAAAGAGAAUCUCUUGCUACCACAGCAAAAGCUGAGGUUCAAGUAUUUCAAUUUGAAAUUUGCCACCUGUCCCAUUUGCGCAGCAGCUCUUGCACGGGCUCACAGGACAUUUACUGCACGAGUCUUUCUGGAAAGAUACAGUCUUUUUGUCGAUGACUACUUGGAUUCGAAGCAACUCCAUGAGUUUCUCUCCGAGUUUGGAGCAGAAUUGGAAGAGAAGAUGCAGAUAGAUGCCGAACCCUCAGCUCAUGUGCUACCCGUGUACAUCUUGGACGUGGAUUCUGAUAGGCAGUUGCUUUUGGAUCGCUACCAUCAGGUGAUUCCUUUCCGAGAUAUGGUAAUAGCUGUACGAAGCAAGCAGGCUCAAGUGGUGACAGAGUACAGCUGCAAUGGUCGACCUAUGGUGGCACAAACUCGAAUGCUGGAAAGGCCGAUCGUCGGUGCACUUUUGCAGACAUUAUGGGGAGUGGCACCAACACAUCUCACUUGGAGUGCUCAACAUAACAGCUCCUUAGUUGAUUAUCGAUGGGCAGUGGGGCAGACACCGUUUGGUCCAUUUUCAGACAGUAUGUCCCUUUCGUUUGCCCAGAGAGAUGCUGCUCCUCGGAACGUCCUGUACUCAAUGCUGAACCAAUCCAUCUCGACAGCUCUGGAUCUGUUAGAAACAAUCAAGGUGCAUGGUGGAGAGAAGAACCUUUUUGGUCAAAAGAGGCACGUGGAGUUCUUGCAGCGCUGGAAUUUGUUCAUGUACAAAUUAGAGAGGGCCGUGUCUACUAUUUCGCACUUCGACUUCAAGACGGGCCUUUAUUUUCUGAAAUCAGCAGAGCACGACCUCUUUGCUGUUCACAAUCUUGCAUACACGGCGUCGGGAGAUUUCGAGGCCACCAUGAUAUGUUACAAAGAUCCCCCUUUUCCGUGGGUGUCGAUCUUUUCCUUCCUUUUGUUUCUCGGUGGAGUAGCCUUUGUUUGGCUCAGAAGAGACAGGAUAUUUGUUAACAAAAAGAAACGGUUUUGAUACCAUUUCGUAGGUUCUUGCUUUGAGAACAUCAUCAUAUUAUCAAUGCGAAGCAUAUGGUCUUCUUUCAGUGAAUUGGAAUAGCUGUUAUCCCAUGAACUCUCCUCUGGAAACGGUGAGGCAUCUACCCGUGUCAUUGUUAUUGUUGCUUGAACUCUUCAUUCCC